AUGGAGCCUGACAGCACCCGGCUCCAGGUGCUGGGAGAGAACGAGGCACUGCAGCAGUUUUUCAGUGGUCAGGAUGUGAGUGAUGUGUUGGACAGUACUGUCACCGUGGAUACAAGCAUCCUUGAGCAAUAUCUUAGCAAUGACAUCGACCCCAUCAGCUGCAUGCUCCCUGAGUCUCCACCUGAUUCCUGCUCAGAGGCCUGUUCACCUGUACAGAUACCAGACUUCCACUGUAAGCACCCCUAUUGGUCCAACCAGCAGAGCACCCAGGAGGUGUUCCAGCCUGCCUCCUCUUCCUGUCGCUUUAAGAAUCAAGGCUCUGUCCCCACCCACCCUGACCUGCUGACCCACGAUCAGCUCACCAGUUUGGGCCUCACUAACACUUAUAUCAAAUCUGCGGCACCUCCUGCCACACUUGCUGCACCUGUCCCCCUGUACCAGCACACACACCGUUCACCUGAACACACACACUACCUGAGACCAGAGAGGUGCUCACAGGUUCACACCCCACCCACGCCUCUGUCUCCACAUUCAGACAGCUGCAUUGCACCAUGCCCUGGUCCAGACAUAGCCCCAAAUGUAACUACACCCCUUUCAACCUGUCUGCUGGGCUCUGCCUCCACAGUGCACACCUGCUCCCCAGAAAGUAAAAAGAGGCGGAGAUCUGCGUCUGAGGAACCGUCAACAGCAGUCGAUGGUGACAGGACUCGUGGUGGGGGAAUAGGGAACAGUGUAGGUGGUGUUGAACUAAAUCUGGGAUCCUACCAGCUGCUGACCUGGGAGCAUUACAGGCCAGAACAGUGGAGCACUUGGUAUGACAGCAGCUGCCAGAUGCUGGCUCCACCUGCCUACUGUGUGGGCGCAGAUAAAGGCUUCAGCUACUCUGCAGCUGACGAAGCCUUUGUUUGCCAGAAGAAGAACCACUUCCAGGUCACUGUUCACAUUGGCGUGGCCUCAGAGCCACAGUGCAUCAGAACAGCCAGUGGGCCGCAGCAGGUCGAUUACUUCCUGAUAAAAGUGUUUGGCAUCAAGCUGGAAGCUCCAAGCCACCAGGUGACCAUCGAACAGUCUCAACCUGACCGCAGCAAGAAGCCCUUCCACCCUGUCAGGGUCAGUCUACCUGGUGGCAAGGUCACCAAAGUCACUCUUGGCCGGCUGCACUUCAGUGAGACGACAGCCAAUAACAUGAGGAAGAAAGGCAAGCCCAACCCUGACCAGAGGUAUUUUCAGAUGGUGGUUGGUCUAUAUGCUGCAGUGAAGGAGGAGACGCUCCUCCUCACAGCUCUGGUGUCGGAGAGAGUCAUUGUCAGGGCUUCCAACCCGGGUCAGUUUGAGAUGGAUGGAGACACCCUGUGGCAGCGUGGGGCGGUACAUGACACAGUGGUCUGUUCAGGCCGGGUGGGCAUCAACACCGACUGCCCUGAUGAGGCGCUGGUCGUCUGCGGUAAUGCCAAGGUGAUGGGCACCGUCAUGCACCCAUCCGACUGUCGUGCUAAGCAAAACAUACAAGAGGUCGACUCUGAGCAGCAGCUGAAGAGAAUCACUCAGAUGAGAAUCAUUGAGUUCGAUUACAAGCCUGAAUUUGCUUCCGUCAUGGGAAUAGACCAAACGCACCAGACAGGUGUAAUAGCUCAGGAGGUGAAGGAGCUGCUGCCAUCUGCUGUCAAAGAGGUCGGAGAUGUCACCUGCUGUGAUGGCGAGAGGAUUAAUAAUUUCCUCAUGGUGGACAAGGAUCAGAUCUUCAUGGAGAACGUUGGGGCAGUGCAGCAGCUGUCGAAGCUCACCGACAACCUGCAGACUCGAAUCCAAGAGUUGGAGGUCUGGAACCGAAGACUGGCCAAGCUGAAGAGCCUGACGGGCAGCUUGCGCUCCACCAGCAGUAAACCCAGGAAACACAGCAGUGUGUCAACCACAUCGGGUCCUGACACAUGUAAGGCUGAGAAGGAUCAGAAGGAGGGCUGGAGUCAGAAAUACAGCCACUGUCUGCAGAAUAAAGUCUUCCUGGCCAGCAUCUUCACCUUGCUGGCCACAAUGGGUUUCUGCAUCAUCUCUAUCACCGCCUUGUACCUAGUAAAUUUGGAGGGAGAUUUCAACUUCUCUCCCAGCAACAGCAACAACAGCUCAGUUCCUGUGCAGACCACAGCCUGCACCACUACAGAUACCCUGAUACCCCCAGUCCCACCAACUCGACCUGGCCACUGGCCACCAGAUGUGGACUUCUGUGAGCUGCUGUACUGCGAUCAGGUGUACUGUUGCCCUUCAACAACAGGUGGCAGCACUGAGUUCAACAUCACAGAGUCAUCUGGACCAGAAACGAUUGAAAGAAAAUAUGAAAAACUUUAUCACCUUCUGAAAAGCGCCAGAGACUGGACCAACACCACCAUCCAUUCUUUCAUGAUCAAAGAGAACCAGCAGGUGAUUGACAGCAAAUACUGCGUACGAGACGAAUGUGGGCCAGAUAGAUACAUCUACAGAGUUCCCAUCAGCCAGUUUGUCCCACUCAACAUGAAAGUCACCCUGCUCAUGAAUUCUACAGAGCUGCUGGUGGUCCAUUUGUGCAGCUCUGAUGAGUCCGUGGCCUGUUCCGCUCUGCUGGAUAUAGACAAUAUAACUGGGAGCAGAUACCCGUCAAAUACACAGGGAGAACAUGAAUGGCCUCUCCAUGUGGCUCGUCUUUAUCACAGCUCCUAUCACUUCCGCUCCACAGUGGCUGGCCAAGCAAACUGCAGUACUGACCAUCACUACGCGGGGGUGCUCUUCACCGACUACUACUUCCACUUCUACAGACGCUGCACAGACUCAUAGACACACAAAGAUGACGAUCAGAGCAGUGGACUUCUGUUUUGUUUUUAAACUGCAAAUGUAUUUUUACUGUGAAACAAGUCACCUUUUCUAAUGCAGUAUGAUGCAUGUUUGCAGCAGUGGUCUGCAGUGGCAGGUGCUUAGCUCAGACCCUCUAUCUUCUUUCAGCUUUUACAUUUAUUGUCUUAUUUGGAUGCGUUUCCUGCUUUGUGUGAGGAUGUUCAGCUUAUAUAGACACGGAGCCACAGAUUGGUUCACAGUUUACCUCCCAUCAUUCACUUCAAAGAUUAAUUUCAGGAUGGAAAUUUACCAGCAGCUACUCUAUGUAGAGAAAUCGGUCAGAAGAACAGAGACACAGGUUUAUCCACUUUAGAUGAAUUUAACAUGAUUAAUCAUCUUAAAACUUUCAAAACCACUGAAAUUAAGCAAUUCUGUAUUUUCUAUGUUUUUGGUUUUGGUUAUCAUGACAUGCUUAUGGAACAGGAUUUGAAUCUGAGGUGAGUCGAUAAAUUCCAGUUUAAGACCAGGUAAUCAAAUGAAAUCAUGGACUUUUCCUGUCUAGCAGGAAUCAGAAAGCCAAAUCAAGUUACAAGAUAUGCAAAAACACAAUGUGUCCAUGUUAACAAAAGAACUGGAGCGUGAAUCAAAGAGCAGGACCGAAUAUUCUGCUGUAAGAUGCAGCAACGACAGUGGUCUGACAGCUGCAAAUUAAAAAUGUGUUGAAAUGAGCUGAACUGAACAGGACUGACUCCUGAUGUCCUGCUUCAUGUGAAACGCUAAGAAACAGUGAGAUGGUUUAAUAAAAUGUUUAAGUAUUGUGUUGCAUUUUUGUG